UUGGUCAUUUUUUGACAUGAAUGCUACCCAAGGACUGAGUGCGAAAGAAAGUUUGGAGAGGGACGAGUACAAGUUUCUACAUAGCUCAAGUGAAAAAAGUUCACUAGAAGAUAGAGAUGAGCAGGCUCAACUACUUGCUGAACUAGAAGAACUUGACCGCCAGCGUCGGGAACUGGAAGCAAAGCUUCAAGAAGUGGAAGUCGUUCCGAAGGAAGAGAAUCAUGAUCAGGAUGCGAAUUUUCGUGAAGCGCGAACCGAAAGAUUAAAGCGUUUAAGGACUGCUGAACCACGAGAUAAAAAGAUGUUUGGGUUAUUGAUGGGUACUUUGAAGGCUGCGAAGAAGGAAUUGGCAGAAACGGAAACUUCGGAGAAGAUGAAACAGAGGCAAGAAUUAGAGAAAAGAGCUGCGGAGAGACUAAAUGAAGUUCACCGUGAAAUCUUGGAACAACAAGAGAAGCUCCGUGAAAGACGCAAGCAGCUGAAAGAAGAAUUCAACUUGAGAAAGCAGUUAGCGAGGCUCCGUUCGGAUAUGAGAAGAGCGGAACACCUUGCACAAGUAAAGGAGCGUUUUCUUUGGACAAAAAUUGAACCAACAAUUCGCUGGUGUCCUAGACAAGUUGAUCAUGAUUUCCUGAAGCCUCUGUGGGAAGAAAGUGCAAGAUUGGCUAGGGAAGAAUACGAAGAGAGUUUGAGUAGGUUACAAAGGGAGGUCGCAUUGGUCGAAGAACAGCUUGCUUUGAAGCGAGCGCAGAAUAAUACGAGUGAAGCUAAUGGAAAUGAGAUUCAGAAUGUAUCACGUUUAGUUGAUGAGGAGCAACGGACUACAGAGGAACAACAUCCAGAAAAUACGACCUUCUCUGUAGAUAAGACGAAUAAUAUUGAAAAUAUUACUGAAUUCUAUGAUAGUGAUAUACCUGUUGAAGAGAGUAAUACAUCUGGAACUGCGAAAGAAGUAGAGGGAAAGGAUGAUAUGAAAGAAGAGGGAAUCGAUAAGAGUCAAUCGGAGGAGAGGGAAGACUUUUCCAAGUUGACCGUAAAAGAGUUGCGUGCAGAAUUGCAGAAAAGAGGUGUAGAUGAUAAGCGUGUGAAAUUGAAAAAGGAUCUCAUAGAGUUACUUGAUUCGACUAUAAAGAAUCAAUAAAAUAUUCCAUAGUUUCCACGAGGGUGUAUCAGGGACACUUCUUCAUGACGGAUUGUCAUAGUAGAUGUAGAUGAUAAGGACAGUUGUCCUUGCC